ACCAAGCAGCCCCCACCACCGACCGAGUCUUGAAAACCAUUUUCCACGUUGAAAGCAAAGAUUUACUUCAAAUUACAGGAAAGUAUGCAAAGCACAAAAUCAAUACCAACAAUUUUUAUGCACCAAAUAAAUAAAAAGAGAUUAAUAUAUUUUCUUGGAAGAUUAAUUUUUAAUUAAUUGACAGUAAAAUUGAUAAUCAAUAAUAUUAACAUGAGGUUGGUGACUUUGUUGUGCAAGACAAUAACACCUAAACCAAUUCCUCAAAACGCCUAACGCUCUUUACAUCGAAACCAAGUUCUGUUCAGAUCCAACGCUUUCAGAUUCAGAUCUCUCUUCUUCUCUCUCUCUCAAUCAGCCCCAGGAAAAGUUGGAUUCUUCAGUUCAAUCCAAGUCUAAGUAUAGAGUGACUAUAUAAGAGCUCUGGGGAGUUACUUCUUUUGGAUUGAAAUAAAGGGAACCCGUUUUUAUUUGCUGACUAUUGGUUGGUCCCAACAGGAUAGUUUGAAUAAUAGUGGCAGCUCUCAGGUCUAUGAGCCAAAGUGUACUUAUGUUGUUGGAUUUGGUGACAAGUGAUGAUAUUGAACAGAAGUUGGCUAGAAGAGUAUAUACAUGGAUAUAAUUCGAUAUACAAUAGGAGAUGGUACAGAGUGAAUUGGAUUUAGAAAGCAGUGACUUCACAAGGAUCUAUGAUGCUGGCAGCGAGAGCCUAGGCUCCGGCAUUCGUAGAGAACUUUCAUUUUCACGUUGGUGUGACGAUGAUGAAAGGGUCCAUUUGGAUCAGCAAUUAAGUAACGGAGAUGUUAGCGUAGAGGAAGACUCUGAUUUUGAGUUGCCUUCUCCUGAAAAGAACGAGCUGCAAGGCAGACCUUUAGAUAGAGAGAGAUUCUUUCAUCAAAAGUUUCAGCAGAGGAGUGUGCAAAUGAAUGAUACUAGUAUCAUGGAUGAUGAUUCUGUUUAUCGGAGAGGUAAUGGAUCUGAGAAGUAUGUGUCUUUUGACAUUGAAGACAAGUCUGAAAGUGGAACAUUUGGUAUUGAUUCUGACAAUUCUGUGAGUGGUGACGGAUCACUGGGAAAAGGCUCCCAGAAUCCUAUUCAUGUAGCAAAUAUCUUGAAGACAUUGUUUUUCAUACUUAUGUGGUACACUUUCAGUCUAUUUUUGACCCUGUAUAAUAAAAGUCUAUUAGGAGAUCACAUGGGAAAGUUCCCAGCUCCAUUUUUAAUGAAUACUAUCCACUUUGUAAUGCAAGCUGUUUUAUCAAGAUUUAUCACUUGGUAUUGGUCUCAUAGAUUUGAGACUAGUGUUGUCAUGUCUUGGAGGGAUUACUUUUUGAGAGUUGUACCAACUGCUCUUGGGACAGCAAUGGAUGUUAACUUGAGCAAUGCAUCUUUAGUUUUCAUCUCUGUCACAUUUGCUACAAUGUGUAAAUCUGCUGCUCCAAUUUUUCUUCUUCUUUUUGCUUUUGCUUUCAGGUUGGAGACGCCAAGCGUUAAACUAUCAGGCAUCAUCUUAAUCAUCUCCGUUGGCAUAUUACUAACAGUUUCAAAAGAGACAGAGUUUGACUUUUGGGGAUUUGUACUUGUUAUGCUUGCUGCUGUUAUGUCUGGCUUUCGCUGGUGUAUGACUCAGAUCCUUUUGCAGAAAGAAGCUUACGGUCUGAAAAAUCCGCUUACCCUGAUGAGCUAUGUAACUCCAGUAAUGGCAGCAGCAACUGCUCUUCUUUCUCUUGCUUUAGAUCCAUGGGAUGAAUUCCGGGAAAACAAGUACUUUGAUAAUUCAUGGCAUAUCGGUCAAAGUUGCUUGCUAAUGCUUUUUGGUGGGACACUUGCAUUUUUUAUGGUACUAACAGAAUAUGUUCUUGUCUCAGUAACUAGUGCUGUCACUGUUACUAUAGCAGGGGUUGUUAAGGAGGCCGUCACCAUAUUGGUUGCUGUAUUAUACUUUCAUGACAAAUUUACUUGGUUGAAAGGAUUUGGUCUAUUCACCAUUAUGGUUGGUGUCAGUUUGUUUAAUUGGUACAAAUACCGGAAGCUUCAGAAGGGCCAUGCAGGCAGCAAUGAUGUGGCAGAGAAUUCAAGAGAUUCUGCUGCCAAAUAUGUUAUUCUUGAGGAGAUGGAGGAACAAGAAGAUAUCUGAAACCUUAAGGACCAAAUAAUUAAAAUCCAAACAAUGAUUUAUAAAGAUCACAGGGCACCAAAUAAUCUUCCAGCGGCAUUGAUGUCGGUCUAUACCAUCUCACCUUUCAGAAGUCACAUGUUUAUGUUCCCUGUUGGAAUUGCGGUGUCAAAGUUCUUUUCAAGUAUUUUUUGAGUAAACAAAUUUUGCAGAUGUGGUGCCACCCUGCAAUCAACAUCACUUGUAUUCUGUGAAAAUAUGUGCUCAACUAGAGAUUUUGUCAUUCUUUGGAGUUGUAAGAUAUAUUUUGCAAAUCACAAAAGGUUGUAAUAGAUCAAUUUUUCUCAUUUUUUAUUUCUAGUAUGGAAUUUUGUUUUCGAGCAUGUUAUCAUUAUUAUUCUUGUAUAUACUAAAUGCAGUUCUUAAUACCAACAUGGAAAUUGGUAGUGGC